CCGAAACGCCACCGCGUAUAUUUAAAGCUAACCCCCCACCCUCGUUCUCCUCUCUCUUUCAUCAAUUUUUUUCCCCAAACUUUUGUCGUCCGUUCAAAUUCCGUUAGGGUUUCGACGGUCGAUCUCGAUCCCAGAUUUCAUCAUGAAUCCCGAGUAUGACUACCUCUUCAAGCUGUUGCUCAUUGGUGAUUCUGGGGUUGGCAAGUCAUGCCUUCUUUUGAGAUUUGCGGACGAUUCUUAUUUGGAGAGCUAUAUCAGUACAAUUGGUGUAGAUUUUAAAAUCCGCACUGUGGAGCAGGAUGGUAAAACUAUAAAACUUCAAAUAUGGGAUACUGCUGGUCAGGAGCGUUUCCGGACAAUCACAAGUAGCUACUACCGUGGUGCUCAUGGCAUAAUUGUCGUUUAUGAUGUGACUGAUCAGGAAAGUUUCAACAAUGUUAAGCAAUGGCUGAACGAGAUUGACCGCUAUGCAAGUGACAAUGUGAACAAACUUUUGGUGGGAAAUAAAUGUGAUUUAACGGAUAAGAGGGUAGUUUCUUAUGAAGACGGGAAGGCACUUGCAGAGGAGAUUGGCAUCCCUUUCCUGGAGACUAGUGCCAAAAAUGCCACUAAUGUCGAACAAGCAUUCAUGACUAUGGCAGCAGAGAUAAAGAAUCGGAUGGCGAGUCAACCAGCUGCAAACACCACCAGACCCGCGACGGUGCAAAUGAGAGGGCAGCCGGUAGGUCAGCAGAGCAGCUGCUGCUCUUAAUUCUUACUUUUCUCAAGGAGUUGGUUUCUCCUGGAGAUCAGAUGACUCUGUCCUAUGAAGGAAGAACACUGGCAUUGAGCUUAAUUGUUGAUUAAUUCCGCCUGUGUAUAUACUGAUAACCAUCGGAAAACUCUUCAUGGUUUGUAGGUGUGAGCAGUAAGUAAAUCAAAAUGUUUGUGUGUGAUCUGGGUAGGAAUCUAUCUAUUCCCUUUAGACAGAAUCCUGUAAGUUUGUUUCUGAAAUAUUCGACACUUAACAAUUUCAUGGAUCCAAGUUCAUUUCAUGCUGUGUUGUCGGUAUGAUUUGAUAGGGUGUAUCAGACUGAGAUGUUCUUCAAAUAUGUGGUCCCAAUUAGUUGGGAGUAAAUA